AGCACUCUGUCUGUUUUGUUUUGCAGCAGCAGUGAAAACGUGAUAAAGAAGUUUUUCUUAUUCAGAAUAAAGCGAGCGCGAUGAUGCCUUACAAAAAGUAAUAGAUGUAAACCAACACAAAUCUAACACACACACACACACACACACACACACACACACACACACACACACACACACUGAAACAGGGCGUUGCUCUCUCUAUAUUUUUUUAUUCCAUCAUCACUUGUUUGUGUUUCUUUGCACCUUAUGUGUUUAUUGCACCGUGUGUGUGUGUGUGUGUGUGUGUCCUGACACACAAACUCUCUCUUGCAGAGCUGUCAUUAUCUGUCAUCUGUUACUCUGUCAGUGUGGCCUUUGUGUAGCUAAGCCGUGUGUAAACACACGUUUAAAUACAGUGCUGGGUGUGUGUGUGUGUGUGUGUGUGUGUGUGUGUGUGAGGGAGAGAGAGAACAUUCACUAAAGUGGUGUGUUUAACACAAAUGCGUGGCCUCCUGAGCCAUGAAGGAGGUGUGUAAUGAUUGACGGAUAAAUGUUAUGCUAUAUAUGUAUAUAUAUUUAUACAGUCUGCUUAUAUACGGUUAUAGAUUCAGUUAUAUAUAAACACACGCGCGCUUAUACACAGGGUGGAAAUGUAACUUUAUUUACAAAACAUCCUCUACACCAUCGCCGUUUCUUUGAAAACACACGGAGUCAUCUCUCCCAACUUCGGCUCCCGGUUUGGUGACGGUGUGUUUGUGUGUGUGUGUGUGUGUGUGUGUGUGUGUGUGUGUGUGUGUGUGAGUGAGUGAUGUUUCCAUUGUAUUUGUCGAUUCAUAUUUCUCUCUCACUCUGUGUUUCUCACUUUUGCCUUCAUCUUUCAAUUUAACCUCCAUCUGUUCAUCUGCUCAUAAACUCACCUCUCAGAGCCACGAGAAGGUUAGUCUCACACACACACACGCACACACACACACACACACCCCAUUAUAACAUCACUAUUACAUCAUUAUAAUUGUCUCUACUGGUCUGUCUGUAAUAAUAUAUAUAACUGACCGUGUGUGUGUGUGUGUGUGUGUGUGUGUGAGUGUGUGAGUGAUGUUUAUAUAAAUGCAGUGUACGUGUACAGUCCGGUCCAGAAGUCUGAGUCCAACACUUUUCAUUUAACAUCUAAUUUACUGUUCUGUGUCAAUAUUAUUAUUACAUAUAGAAGAGUACGGAGUAAAGACACGGCACUGUAAGAGUUCCAGGGAGACCAAAGUGAUCACCUAGAGGUGAAAGAAAGAAAGAAAUUUAAAUUACAGAACGAAAAAGUGGAAGAGAUACAAGGGGAAAAUGGAAAGGUAAAAAAGAAAUUGAAACAAUGAAAGAAAAGGAUCGAAUGGAGAAGAAAGAAAGGAAGAAAAACUAGACAAAAAAAUUCAAUAACAAGAAAAAAUCAGUAAUGGCAAAGAAGCCAGGAAAAUGGAAAGAGAGAUAGAAAUUGGACGAGCAAGGCUAGGCAGACGAAGGGAGGAAGAAACGAUGAGAAGGAAGUGAAAAUUUAAAGAAAGGGGAAAUGGAAAAGACAGAACUAGACUAAAAGGCUGAGAAAGAAAAGACUAAACACUAGACGAUAAACUAAACUAACAGAAGAAAAAUUAAAUACUGGGAAAGAAGUGAGAACAUUUACAGGAAGAGUGGAAAAGGAGGAGAUGAGAAAGAAAAGUAAAGAACGGAAAAGAAGCUAGAAAAAGGAAAGAAAGAAGGGGGAAAGGAACGGGAAAGGAAGAAAAGGAAAACUGCGAAAGAAAGAAAGAACUAGACAAUAAACUGAUCAACUGAAAUAACAGCAGAAAGAUAACGGAAAAGAAGCAAGAAGGAUGGAAAAUUAAAGAGACAGAAAACUUGGAAGGUUGGAAGAAGGGUGACAGUGAAAAGAAGGGAGGGGGGGAAAGAAAAGAAAGGGGAAUAGGAAAGGAAAGAAUGAAAGAGAAGCAUGAAAAAGGGGGAAAUGGAAAGGAAGAAGGAUGGAAGAAAGAGUGGUAUAUGCUGUGCCUGAGGGAGAAACAUGAAGUACGGCGGGUGCCACCCCGUUUCUCCAUCCCGCCCAGCGAUCAGGAGGUGAUGCCGGGGGGCAGCACUAAUCUCACCUGCGUUGCCGUCGGAGCCCCGAUGCCCUACGUCAAGUGGAUGACUGGAGAAGUCGAGCUCACCAAAGAAGAUGAAAUGCCCGUAGGGCGCAACGUUCUGGAGCUUACCAACAUCCGCAAGUCGGCUAACUACACCUGCGUGGCCAUGUCUUCUCUGGGGAUGAUCGAAGCCACGGCGCAAGUUACAGUCAAAGCUCUCCCCAAACCCCCCACGUCUCUGACUGUAACGGAAACGACGGCCACCAGCGUCACCCUGACGUGGGACUCUGGGAACCCGGAACCCGUCUCCUAUUACAUGAUCCAAUAUCGCUCCAAAGCCUCCGACAGCAGCUACCAGGAAGUGGACGGCGUUGCCACGACGCGCUACAGCAUCGGCGGGUUGAGCCCGUACUCGGAGUACGAGUUCCGCGUCAUGGCGGUGAACAACAUCGGGCGCGGUCCACCGAGCGACGCCGUGGAGACCCGCACCAGCGAACAGGCUCCUUCGUCUCCUCCACUGCACGUGCAGGCGCGCAUGCUGAGCUCUAGCACCAUGUUGGUGCAGUGGGAACCUCCGGAGGAACCCAACGGGCAGAUCCGUGGAUAUCGCAUCUAUUACACGACCGAUCCGGAGCUGCAGCUUAGCGCCUGGCUGAAGCACAACACCGACGACAGCCGACUGACCACAAUCUCUGGAUUAACCACCAACAUCACGUACAGUCUCCGCGUCCUGGGCUUCACGUCCGUAGGAGACGGACCUCCGUCGGAUGUCCUGCAGGUCAAAACGCAGCAAGGAGUCCCGGCACAGCCUUCCGGGUUCGAGGCCGAAGCCGAACCCGACGCCAGGAUUAUGCUGAAGUGGCUUUGGCCCGUCCAAGAACCGAUCACUUUAUACGAGCUACAUUACUGGGAGGACGGAUCAGACAAUAAGAUUCGUGUCACCUUCAUCCCGGCUGGGUCGUACGCCGUGGAAGGCCUGAAACCAGACACUCUGUAUAAGUUCUCCCUCGCCGCCCGCUCCGAAAUGGGCCUGGGGGUCUUCACUAAGCCCAUCGAAGUCAGGACCGCUCAGUCCACCCCCUCAGCUCCACCUCAGGACGUUCAGGUGCUCAGUCUGAGCUCCACUAGCAUUAAGGUGAGUUGGGUGCCGCCUCCUGCCGCCAGCAGGCACGGCGCUAUCGUUCGCUACACCGUGAGCUACCAGGCGGUGAGCGGCGAGGACACCGAGCGGCACGAGGUGACGGAUAUCGGAGCGGACGCCACCGGUGUUGUACUAGAGGGGUUGGGGAAGUGGACGGAGUACGUGGUGCGGGUGAGGGCUCACACCGACGUGGGGCCCGGGCCUGAGAGCGCACCUGUACGCAUCCGAACCAACGAGGAUGUGCCUGGAGCUCCUCCUCGUAAGUUGGAGGUCGAAGCUGUAAACUCGACGGCUAUCCGUGUGACGUGGAAGCCGCCGCUCUCGGGAAAGCAGCACGGUCAGAUCCGAGGAUAUCAGGUGAUCUAUUCCCGGCUGGAGAACGGGGAACCACGAGGGCAACCGAACAUCAUGGACGUAGCGCUGCCUGAAGCCCAAUGGAACAUUGAGGACACCACCGAAUAUGAAGCCAUCAUCUCUGGCCUGAUCUCGGAGACGUCGUACUCGGUUACGGUAGCGGCGUACACCACCAGAGGAGACGGAGCACGCAGCAAAGCCAAGGUCAUCAAAACCACAGGAGCAGUUCCUGGCAAGCCCACCAUGCACAUUAGCAUCACAGUGGGCAACACCGCCCUCAUCCAAUGGCAGCCCCCGAAAGACAUGCCGGGCGAGCUGAUCGGCUACCGCCUACGCUACAAGCGCGCGGACGAGGAAACGUUCGCAGUGCAUAACUUCGGGAGCACGGACGACCACUACACGGCGACGGGCCUCUUCAAGGGCGCCACCUACAGCUUCCACUUGAGUGCCAAGAACCGCGCAGGCACCGGAGAAGAGUUCGUGAAGAACAUCAGCACGCAGGAGGAAGUUCCAAGCGGGUUCCCGCUGAACUUGAGCGUGGUGGGACUGACCACCACGACCACCCGGCUUACGUGGGCGCCGCCGGCCCCGGCGGAGCGGAACGGACGGAUCACUCAUUACAUCGUCGUUUACAGAGAUAUCAACAGCCAGCAGAACAGCACCAAUCGUACGGCGGACACGCACAUGACGCUGCACGGCCUGCGACCUGACACCACCUACGACAUCCGCAUCCAGGCUUUCAACAGCAAGGGGGGUGGACCCAUAAGCCCCAGCAUCCAGAGCAGGACCAUGGCCACAUCACCAGCUUUCGCAACGAGUUUUGGCGUCAAAGCGGUAAUGAAGACAUCCGUCCUUCUGACCUGGGAGCUUCCCGAGAACUUCAAGUCUCAAGGGCUUUUCAAGAUUUUGUACAAUCAGCAGAGCGUGGAGGUUCAGGGCAACAUGAAGAGGAAGCUAAUCACAGGCCUGAAGCCCGACACUAAUUACUCCUUCGUGUUAAUGAGUCGAGGGAACAGCGCUGGAGGACUGCAGCAACAGGUCUCCAUCCGAACCGCUCCGGACCUCCUCAAAACCAAACCCGUCCUCUUCAGAACCGACGAGAACAACGGAGGAAAAAUCACCAUCAACCUUCCCAAAGUGGCGACGACAGCACCGAUCAGUUGGUAUUACAUCGUGGUCGUGCCGGGUUCGCUGACGUCAUCACGCAGGUGGGAAAAUCCAGAUGAAAUGGAACUUGAUGAGCUUCUCGAGGUCAGCAGAGUUUCCCUGCAGAGGCACCGGCGGCGUCGGCGUUACACUGAAAGUCAGAGACCGUACAUCACCGCCAAGCUGGAAUACCUUCCCGAGAUGUUCACGCUCGGAGACGAGCAAAACUACAAUGGCUUCUACAACCGCCCGGUGCCUAGCAACCAGCCGUACCAGUGCUUCGUCAUGGCCGAGAUGAAGGAGCAGCACCUUUCCAAUGCCAACGAGAAGCAGCGCGUUUUCUCCUCCAGCCCGUACUCGGACCCGGUGGUGGUGGAGAACGGCAGCGUGGCUCGCAGCGUGGAAUCUCCCGAGAUGUUGUGGGUGAUGGGGCCGGUCCUCGCCGUGGUGCUCAUCGUCAGCAUCGUCAUCGCCAUCAUCCUGUUCAAAAGGAAGCGAGCAUCUCCGUUGCCUAAAGACGAACAUCUGAGCGGGGUGAAGGACUCCCUACUGGCGAACUCGUCCGAUCCCGUGGAAAUGAGGAGAAUCAACUAUCAGACGCCAGGUCCCAGCACCUCCUGCUGCCCCGACACUCCAAGAAUGAGAGAGCAUCCUCCCAUCUCCGUGUGUGAGCUGGCCGACCACAUCGAGCGCCUGAAAGCCAACGACAGCCUGCGUUUCUCACAGGAGUACGAGUCCAUCGAUCCCGGUCAGCAGUUCACCUGGGAGAACUCGAACAUGGAGGUGAACAAACCGAAAAACCGCUACGCUAACGUCAUCGCCUACGAUCACUCCCGAGUCGUGCUGACCUCCGUGGACGCUGUUCCAGGUAGCGACUACAUCAACGCCAACUACAUCGACGGCUACCGUAAGCAGAACGCCUACAUCGCCACGCAGGGCCCUCUGCCCGAGACGCUCAGCGAUUUCUGGAGGAUGGUGUGGGAGCAGAGGACCAACACCAUCAUCAUGAUGACCAGACUGGAGGAGAAAUCACGGGUGAAGUGUGACCAGUACUGGCCGGUACGUGGAACAGAAACGUACGGAAUGAUCCAGGUGACCAUGUUGGAUACGGUGGAGCUGGCGACGUACAGCGUGCGCACGUUUGCACUUUAUAAGAACGGCUCCAGUGAGAAGAGAGAGGUGAGACAGUUCCAGUUCAUGGCGUGGCCGGAUCACGGCGUGCCCGAGUACCCUACGCCCAUCCUGGCCUUCCUGCGAAGGGUUAAAGCAUGUAACCCUCCUGACGCCGGGCCCAUGGUGGUGCACUGCAGUGCCGGCGUGGGUCGCACUGGCUGCCUCAUCGUGAUCGACGCCAUGCUGGAGCGCAUGAAGCACGAGAAGACGGUGGACAUUUACGGCCACGUGACGUGCAUGCGCUCUCAGAGGAACUACAUGGUGCAGACGGAGGAUCAAUACAUCUUCAUCCACGAGGCGCUGCUGGAGGCGGCGACCUGCGGCGUCACCGAGGUCCCGGCACGAAACCUCUACACACACAUCCAAAAACUGAGCCAGCCCCCGCCCGGAGACACCGUCAGCUCCAUGGAGCUCGAGUUUAAGAGGCUGGCCAACUCCAGAGCUCACACAUCACGCUUCAUCAGCGCCAACCUGCCGUGCAACAAGUUCAAGAACCGACUGGUGAACAUCAUGCCGUUCGAGUCGACGCGUGUGUGUCUGCAGCCAAUCAGAGGCGUGGAGGGGUCCGACUACAUCAACGCCAGCUGCAUCGAUGGUUACAGGCAGCAGAAAGCGUACAUCGCCACUCAGGGUCCUCUGGCCGAGACCACGGAGGAUUUCUGGAGGAUGCUGUGGGAGCACAACUCCACCAUCGUGGUGAUGCUGACCAAACUCCGCGAGAUGGGACGGGAGAAGUGUCAUCAGUACUGGCCGGCCGAGCGCUCCGCCCGUUAUCAGUACUUCGUGGUCGACCCCAUGGCUGAGUACAACAUGCCUCAGUACAUCCUGCGAGAGUUUAAAGUCACCGACGCCAGGGACGGCCAAUCACGGACGAUCCGCCAGUUCCAGUUCACCGAUUGGCCGGAGCAGGGCGUGCCGAAGACAGGCGAGGGAUUCAUCGAUUUCAUUGGCCAAGUGCAUAAAACCAAGGAGCAGUUCGGUCAGGACGGACCAAUCACUGUGCACUGCAGUGCGGGAGUGGGCAGGACCGGGGUGUUCAUCACUCUCAGCAUUGUUCUGGAGAGGAUGAGAUAUGAAGGAGUGGUGGAUUUGUUCCAGACGGUUAAAACUCUGCGCACUCAGAGACCUGCCAUGGUGCAGACCGAGGACCAGUACCAGCUGUGUUACCGAGCAGCUCUGGAGUAUCUGGGGAGUUUCGACCACUAUGCAACGUAACACUGCGGGACUUCAGCUACCGGGAACAAUAACAACAACAACAACAAAAACACUUAGGAGUGUGUGUGUGUCGAGUGUCUCUCUCACACACACAUAUACGCACACACACACACACACAACCCUGACACACAACACACUUUCUUUCCUGAUUGACUCACAUUCAGCAUAUUCAGAUUCAGCAGCUCUGAACUCUUAAUUUUACACACACACACACACACACACACACACACACACACACACAAAACAGCUACUGGUAGCGUUUUAUUUCUUUCGUUUUUUAAUCAUUAUAAAAUUUUAUUCUGACUUUUAUUUAGAUUGACUUUUUAUUUUGAUGUUUUUAAUAAUCGCUUAACAUCGUCUUCUCGUCUUAACGGCCUCCGCGCCUUUUCCUUUUCCACAAACCGGUACUGGUAUUUUUAUUAUUAUUAUUAUUAUUAUUAUUAUUUAAUUUUAAUUGUAAUUUCAUUUCCCGUUCUUUCUCUUUUUUUUUAGGUUAUUUGAGCACACAGGGUGUGUGAUUUUUUUAACACGUACUAACACAAGAGGGCGCUGUUCGUCCUCAGCGCUGCUGUCGGAUUUCAUUCAUAACAUUUUUCAUUUCUUUUAUAUAUGAGUUGUCAUUUUUAUUAUUAUUAUUAUUAUUAUUAUUAUUCGACGAAUCGCAGCGGGUUAACUUCAUUACUUUGUAGAAAAGAAAAUAUCGACGUAAAAAAAAAUAAAAAAUCUACAGAUACAACAGCGGCGACGCUACACACACACGCCACGGCGGAGACGUUCGCGCGUAAAGGCGCGCGCCGAUGUUCCGUUUCUUUUUACAUCGCGAUAAUAGUUAUUAUCACGAUCUCAAUGUUGUCGGUUAGAAUCACAAUAAGUAAAUAAAUAAAUAGACACAAACACACACAUUUACAUCCACCUCCGGUUCCGUAGCCACUUAAUGCUGAUUGGACGGAGCCGGGUCAUGUGGCCGGCACUUCCUGUGGAACGUUCGCUAACGAUAUAUACGUGUUAAAUAGCACGAUACACGGCGUAUUCGAUUAUCGGCGCGCGCCUACUGUAUACGAGGCGUUAAAAAUCUAUCACGCGAUAUAUAUAUACGUUUUGAUCCCGAGUCUGAUUUCUCAUCCAAGUGUACAGUAUUAACCACUCCACAAGUGAACUUUUUAUACGGAAAUAUAGAUAUAUAUAUAGAUAUAUAUAUAUAUAAAUAUAAAUAUAUAAAUAUACACGUAUAAAUAUGAGAAAGUAUAAAUAUUAUUCAUAAAGUAUAUAUACAGCUACAGAUAUACGAUCAGUCGUCACUUCUUCCGGACGAACACGAUCGGGAUGUACCAACUACGGAGAGACUGCGGGGGGGUGAAAUCUGUAUUAAUCCUGCGAAAAGUAAUAUCUACUGUAUUAACCCUAACACACACCACACGCGUACGGGUGUGUCCGGGCGUGUGCGAGCGUAUGUGAGUGUGUGUGAGUGUGUGUGUGUGUGUGUGUGUGUGUGUGUUGUCUCUGAUGAAGCACAGCGGAGGCCUGAUUAUAACCACACACUAAGCUGGCCAAAAGUUUCCUUUUUACCUUGUGAAUGGUUCGUGCCGUAGAGGUUUAAAUCUGUUGUAUACACACUCUGUUUUCUAUUCGUUAAGAAGAAAGAUGUAGAGAGAAAAAAACAACAAAAACAACUGGAAUUUAAAAAAAUGUUGAUGUUAAUAAAGUUGAAUAAUUGUUUUGGGAAUUUUUUUUUUUUUUUUUUGUACAACACCCUGA